CAAAGCUGGGAGUUGAUGGUCCUGAGGGUGCUGAUGGUGUGGUGGCACUUGCCCUGUUGCAGAGCUGAUGCCGUGGUGAUCUCGGGGAGGAAGCUGGCCCGGCAGAUCCGGCAGGAAGCCCGGCACGAGGUGGAGCAGUGGGUGGCAGCGGGGAACAAGAGGCCCCACCUGAGCGUGGUCCUGGUCGGGGAGAACCCAGCCAGUCACUCCUACGUCCUCAACAAGACCAAGGCAGCRGCUGACGUGGGGAUCAGCAGUGAGACCAUCCUCAGACCAGCUUCCAUCACUGAGGAGGAGCUGCUGGAUUUGAUCAGCAAACUCAACAACGAUGCAAACGUGGAUGGGCUGUUGGUGCAGCUCCCUCUGCCUGGUGAGGAGCUGAACUUCCACCUUUCUGUCCUACCUGAAGUUUUUAAGGGUUUCCAUGUGCUGGGAGGACAAUCCUGUGCCAUGAGAGGUGGGAUCCUGCCCUGGAUGCUCCAUGAUUCUCUGAUCUUGCCCUCUGCAGGGAUCCCAACGCUGGGCAAGAACGUGGUGGUGGCCGGGCGGUCGAAGAACGUGGGGAUGCCCAUCGCGAUGCUGCUCCACACUGACGGCAAACACGAGCGGCCUGGAGGUGAUGCCACCGUCACGAUCUCCCACCGCUACACCCCCAAGGAGCAGCUGAAGCAGCACAUGAUCCGUGCGGACAUCGUGGUGGCAGCAGCAGGCAUUCCCAACCUGAUCACAGCUGACAUGAUCAAAGAAGGAGCUGCAGUGAUUGAUGUGGGAAUAACCAGAGUGCAGGAUCCUGUCACUGCCAAGCCCAGGCUGGUUGGGGACGUGGAUUUUGAAGGGGUGAGGAAGAAGGCCAGUUACAUCACCCCAGUGCCCGGGGGUGUGGGGCCCAUGACCGUGGCCAUGCUGAUGAAAAACACCAUCAUUGCUGCCAAGAAGCUGCUGAAACCCAAAGAGUUGGAAGCACUGACUGCUUGACCUGGGCCAUCCUUCUCCUUUGUAGCACUGAAAGCAACAUUCCAAACUGACUCCCAAACAGGCCGAUAGAAAAUGCAAUAUUUUUUUAUUUAUUGUCUCGGGACGGGAAAUUUCCCACUCGGAGGUGGCAGGUAUUUAUUGGAGCUGAAGCAGCUGCAUCUGAGGUGUGUAAAUCUUCAUGCCUGUGCUCCUCCUGCUUGUAAAGCUGCUCUAUGUGUGAGCCAGACCUGCUCCUGCAGGGAUUUGGGGUCCUGGGAAUGCAGCUUUCCCGGGAACUCCGUCAGCACUCCUUUGGGAUUUACUCCAUGGUACAAAGCCUUGAUGGUUCUGUUCUCACAGAUCUGGAGUGGGGCUUGUGCUGGUCUCCUGCUCAAUGCUGGAUGUUUAGUUUGAGCUCUUCUGUAGAAGAAAUUACUUGAAAAAUUAAAAAUAAAGCCAUAUUUGUGCUCUGGGGCUGUGCAGGGCCCUGGGCAGUGGCAGAGCUGUUGUAACAUGUUCUAGUGUGCAGCUAAGCUGGGUUUUUUUGCUGUUUGGUUGGUGAAUUUUUUUAAAAAGCCUUUUUUUUCUAACCAAAGAACAGUGUGAGGAGGGUUUGGUGUCCACAAAGGGCACACAGGAGGUUCCCUGGGCUGUGUUAUGAAGUGUGUAACUAGUGAGUAAUGCAGGCUAACUAAAUAAAGUGUGAGAAGACAAAAAAAAAA